GCUUAGGCGACCUGGCACCAAUGGCCGCGGAAGAGUAGCACAGUAUGCAUAUUCUUGGCUUCAGACAGCCAUAUGGGACGGACGCUCCAACGUGGCCACAACUUAAAAAGGAGGUGGGAGGAGGGGGGAGCGGCCAUAUGGGGUCCGCGUAGUGAUUUGGUUGGAACGCGAGAACUUCAGGAGCACAGACGGUAAUUGGUCCACCACAGGAUACUUUCCCAGAGGUGCUGUGGUUACAUACAGACGCUCCCCUACCUGGCCAAUACAGCCUGACUAUUCUGUGUGAGCAUAUCGCUCAAUCCAACAAGCCUGAUGCAAUGUGCAUCGGUCAAAGCUACUAUAGUGAUUGCCCAUGGACUUGUGCCAUGUAGAGGAACAGUAGUGUUGAGGAAGGGAACAGGGACAAGGAAAAGAUUGCCUCAGACUAUCGUGGACACUGAUACAGCGCAAAUGGUUAAGUGUGAAUGUGGAACCUUUAUGUGUUUCCCUUCAUGCCUUGCAUGCUCACUCUACGUAGACGCCACAUCACAUCCUCGGGUGACACUUCGCUGGUGCUCUUGCUUCACAGCCGCGAACCCAGCCCUCCCUCCAGCCGCUCCUCUAUCCUCAACACACCCCUCAACAGCCGUGCCGUCCCCGCACCCUCAAGCUAUCCGCCGUCGAAUGCCUCCAACAAUACAAUCGUCACCACGACCACGGCCACGAAAAUCACCAGCCACUCGCACAUCAACAGCAACAGCAGUUUGCUGCCUGAACAUGAAGUCUGUAGCUUCAUGGAGCAAAUGGAGGAUGAACUUCAUAACAUCUCAGAUCUGGCCAAGGAACUCGAACGUACUUUGCAGGCCCGAGAUCCUUUGAGCACAAGGAGCGAACAUUCGUCAAAGUCAUCGAUAGAGUCACCGGGAAUGUUGGCUGGAGGAGCAGACCCUCGUCAUCAUUAUCUUAGCAACGGCAGCAGAAAUAGAAAGGGUGCUCAAGAGACCGACUCAAAGCAAAAAGAUGAACCGGAUCAUGUGCAAAAUAAGCACGGCAGUAUGCAUCGAUGGUACCGCCACAAGCACAGCAUCGGCACCAUUAUCAUUUGGCCCGACUUUCUCGCGCCCUUCUUCUCCUAUUACACCACAUUCUUCCUCCUGCCCACCAUGCUGAGUCAUCUCAUCCAUGUCGGCAUACUCACCAGCCGCCGCCAUAUACGUCUUCCUGGAGGUACCACAUCAGCACUGUCAUUCUUUGCGUUUAAGUUUGCUGUGACCUGGUUCCUGGGCCAAUCCGCCGGAUUCAGGCAUCUGCUAGGCACAAGUUAUGUAGAGACGGGUGCGCUCUGGACUGGCUGUGAGUACAUCGCCGACAUUUUUCGAUAUGUUCCCCAGAGUCUUGGAUUGGCCACAGCCGGUGUGGGAACUAUCCUGGCCCUAGCAGAAAGCAUUAUCAGCUCGCGUCGUGUAAUAGUAACAAAGACUUUUUACUUCAUCUUUGAAUGUUAA